CGGAUAUUUUCUGCCACCCAAACACUCUAGUGCAUUUCUAGCAAGUCUCCAGCACUGGUUCUAGGACCCUGCCAAGAAUUGAGCGAGCAUCAGCGCAACGAGAUACCGGAAAAUUCUUUUGAGUCUCGCUUGCCAAGGCGCACAUCACGUAGCCUACAUAGGCCGCCGGCCGCCUCACCAAAGUCGAACAUGCCAAUCACAAUAAUAGCACCGAAGCCGAUACCACGGUAUUUUGGGCGCGAUGAGGAGGAUGCCUCGGACUCGGAUUCAAGCAGCGGAGGGGCCGACCUCACAGGAGACGUGAGGAUGCGACCGACCAAGCGCGUUCGUCGAGACGACAGAUAUGAGAUCGUGACUCCCGGCGAGGUCAUUACGGAUGAUCCCCAGUGGAUGAGAGGCCACGGCACAUACAUGACCGCGGGCACGACCACCAUCAUCUCGUCGGUGGCGGGGACGAUCACGCGGACCAACAAGCUGCUCUCGGUGCGCCCCCUUCGCGCGCGCUACACGCCCGAGGUGGGCGACCUGGUGGUGGGCCGCAUCGUCGAGGUGCAGGCGAAGCGCUGGCGGGUGGACGUGGGGUCGACGCAGCUGGCGGCGCUGCCGUUCAGCGCCAUCAACCUCCCCGGCGGCGUCCUGCGCAAGCGCACCGACACGGACGAGCUGCAGAUCCGCACCUUCUUCGCCGAGGGCGACCUCGUCGUGGCCGAGGUGCAGCAGCUGUUCGCCGACGGCGGCGCCGCCCUGCACACGCGGUCGCUCAAGUACGGCAAGCUGCGCAACGGCGUCUUCAUGGCCGUGUCCGGCACCGGCGGCGGCGGCGGGGUCGUGCGCAGCCGGCGCCAGGUCUGGACCAUGGAGGCGGCGAACGGGGGGGGGAUGGUUGACGUCGCGCUGGGCGUGAACGGUUACGUCUGGAUCAGCAAGCACGUGGAGACGCCCGAGAACCUGGACAAGGCGACCGGGAUUACGAAUAUGGAGGAGAGCAUCAGCACCACCAUGUACUCGAGCCAGAAUGACAGGAUCGAGCCCGAGACGAUGCGGGAGAUCGCGAGGAUCCGGGGGGUCGUUACCGCGCUGAUCGAGAAUGGGCUGCGGGUGGACGAGGAUAUGGUCAUGAAGGGUUACAACGAGGCGUGCGAGAUAGCAUUGCAUUCGGGCGACGGGCCCGAGGACGUCUAUCUUGGUGGCGAACGGGGCGAGCAGCUGGCUGCGGCAUUGACCGGGACAUAACUACGCUGACGACCCUUCUAAUAUAAGGCCACGAUAAAUGAUAAACUGCCUGCGUUUGUCGUCGACUGUUGGGCUUCUCUAUUCACAUAACCCUCAGUGACUCGUGGCAACGACCGAGUCAUCUCAGAAUCUCAGCCAUCUUCGAGAAUCUGCUCGGAAACCAACGAGGCUGACUCUCCUCUGGCUGCUUAAAACAACCCCCUGGGUUCGAUCAGGGUCCGACUGCGGCGAGGAGGAGUGACGCAGGUGUUCGAUAGCGGACCUAUUGGCAGUUUAGCCGACAACUAGCAAUCAUUCCUAUGCCGUCGUUGGAUAUAUAGGGCCUCAUCUA